AUGGAAGCACUGGAGAAUGUGUUUGUAAAUCUGGAUGGAAUGCUGAAUGUAGAUGUGAUGUUGGAUAUUACAGAUUUUCAGACAGCUCUUGCAGAGAGUGUGAUGCAGCACAUUAUGGAUUCAACUGUAACCUAUUGUGUAACUGCAAUAUGGACAACACUUUAUGCUACAAUUAUGCUGGAUCAUUUGAAUGUGGAUGUGAAGCUGGCUAUCAUAAAGUUAAUGGAACUUGCAAAGAUGUCUGAUUGUAAUGAUACAUCUGGAGCUUGCUUUUGUAAAAGUGGCUGGAAUGGUAAAAACUGUGAAUUAGAUAUAAAUGAAUGUCUAAAUAAAAGCUACUGUCUUGGUUUACAUGAAGAAUGUAACAACUUGCCUGGCACAGCUGAAUGUCGAUGUGAACUGGGAUUUGAGAACAAAACAGGGGUUUGUCAAGCAUGCAACUCAACAUUCUAUGGCUUUUACUGUGGGAACAAGUGUUCUUGUGUCAUGAACAACACAAUAGACUGCAAUGACAAAACAGGGUCAUGUCUGUGUGCAUCAGGAUGGACUGGGACAAAAUGUGAUACAGAUAUCAAUGAAUGCUUAAAUACCAGCUACUGCUCAGGUCAAUAUGAACGAUGCAUCAAUCUUAAUGGAUCGGCUGAGUGUGGAUGUGUAACAGGGUAUGAAAAAAAGAAUGGAACAUGUCAAGCUUGUAGUGAAACUAUGUAUGGCCCAAACUGCAAAAACAAAUGCACUUGUGUUUUCAACAACACAGCUGAUUGUAAUGAUACAUCUGGAGCUUGUUUAUGUAAAGGUGGCUGGAAUGGUACAAACUGUGAAUUAGAUAUAAAUGAAUGUCUAAAUAAAAGCUACUGUGUUGGUGUACAUGAAGAAUGUCACAACUUGCCUGGCUCAGCUGAAUGUCGAUGUGAACUAGGAUUUGAUAACAGAACUGGUGUUUGUCAAGCAUGUAACACAACAUUCUAUGGCUUCUACUGUGGGAACAAGUGUUCUUGUGUCAUGAACAACACAAUAGACUGCAAUGACACAACAGGGUCAUGUCUGUGUGCAUCAGGAUGGACUGGGACAAAAUGUGAUACAGAUAUCAAUGAAUGCUUGAAUACCAGCUACUGUGUCGGUUUACAUGAAAAAUGUAACAAUUUAAAUGGGUCUGCUGAGUGCAAAUGUGUGCCUGGCUAUGAAAAAACGAAUGUAGCUUGUCAAGUAUGCAACAAAACACACUACGGCUUGGAUUGUUCUUUGAAAUGUGCCUGUGUCAUGGAAAACACCAAAUAUUGUAAUGGAACAUCUGGUGCUUGUUUAUGUUCUCCUGGAUGGAAUGGAACCAAUUGUGAAAAAGAUAUAAAUGAAUGUGAUAAUAUAAAUUAUUGCACUGAAGUACAUGCAAGCUGUUUUAAUUUAAAUGGGUCUGCAGAAUGUAGAUGUGAUAAUGGUUAUCAAAAGCUUUCCAGUGGAAAAUGCCAAGCUUUAUGUCCCAAUUGUACAGAAGCAGAAGUUUGCUUUAAUGAAACAGCUGGUAAAUGGAUCUGUAGACUGAAUGAUUCACGUAUCUAUCCCUAUGGCCUUGUUCAAAAUGACCAAUCAUUGCCAAAAAAUAAAGAACUUGCAUCAGCUAACUUGUACAUAGAAGAUUUCAUCCCUUAUCAGCUAAAGUUAAUUAGCUCUGUUUCGAUAACAGUUAAUGGCCUUAUAAGCUUUGAAGAAGAGUAUUCCAGUUUUAAUCCACAAAAGUUGCCAGUGUUAGACAAAAACUUAAAUCAGCGCAGUCUGUUGGCUGUGUACUGGACUGAUCUUGAUGUUAACGAUAAUGAUAAUUGUGAAGUUUACUAUCAGAUGUAUGAUUUGUAUUCUAAUAACACUUUGGGCACAGCUGUUUUUACCAAAGCCAAUGCAGAUGUUAUGGCUCUCACAGAAAAUAAAAGCUACAAUGCUACAACAGUAAUUGUGGUUACAUGGGUUAAUGUACCAGCACAUGGAAGUGUGGAUGAGCGUGUCUCAUUCCAAUGUGUCAUAAUAUCAGAUGGAUAUACAACAUAUGCCAUAUACAUCUACAUCCAAGGUGCUAUGAAAUUCAAACCCUUAUCAGCCAGAAAUGUUGAAGUUGGUUGGGCAAAUUUUAGCUUUGAUACCUCACUUACAAGUUACUACAGAUUUGAUACAGUUUUUGGCAACACUGGAAAACCUGGUCUUUGGAUUUUUAAAGUUGGAGAAAAUAAGAAUUUUAAAAUGAUGUGCCGUACAUGGUUUAUCUCUAAUCAAGGAGAACUGCCUACUAUUGAUCUCUGGAACAAAAACCUACUGCCUGCUUGUCCUUGUAAUGAAGUAGCUGCCAAAAGUAGUCCAAUCUGGGUUCCUAGCAGUAUAUCCAAUCCAGAUAGAAACUGCUUUGAUCUAUUACCAUUUUUUGGAGAAUAUGGAAGGAGAUGCUGCUACAAAGCUGAUGAAAGUUCAAGUUUUUUAAAUACAAUCCCACAAGCCGGAAGUCUUCAGAGAUAUAAUUCUUUCAUUUACAAAGAACACGAUCAGUUGGAUGAAGACCCUAAAGACUGGUGCUGUACUAAGGCAAACUUGUGUGACCUGUACUAUACUUUAAGACCAAUUUUCUCAUGCAAUGGGAGUAACUGGGCUAGAGGUUUCUUGUUUGGAGACCCCCACAUAAUAACCAUGGACCAAAGAUCAUUCAUAUUUAAUGGACUGGGAGAAUAUCACUUAGUGAAAAUAAUAGGAACUACUAACCAGCAUUUUAAAUUGCAGGGUAGAACCUGUCGUGCAUUAAAUAGCAAUGGCAAUGAAACUCUAGCCACAGUCUGGUGUGCUCUAUCAAUGAUGAGUGGUGAUGAAAAUUCACUGAGAGUAGAAAUCAGCCCUUCAAGGAAAAUUAUGAUAAUAUAUGCUAAUAAAAGAGAUUAUACAACAGAUUUCUUAAGUAACCCUAAUUUUUUUACAAAUGAUAAUAAAAUGAUAUUAAGAAAACAAAAUGGGGCUUUAGAAGUGUCUCUUCCAGAAAGUAUAGGGAUCACAGUUACAAUGGUAAAUGAAUUACUAGAAUUUUCCCUCACACUGGACAAAAAACAUCAGAAAAUGACCACUGGUCUUUUAGGCAAUUUUAAUGGAGACAGUACUGAUGAUUUUAUUUGCCCAAAUGGAACACAACUCUCUGAUCAUUCAAGUGAAAAACAAUUAUAUGAGUAUGGCAAACUAUGGGCGAUAACUCAGAAUGAAAGUUUAUUCCAGUACAGCUAUGGACAAAACACAAGUACUUUUUCAAACCCAAAUUUCAUGCCAUUAUUUUAUGAUGAACAAAAUCCUACAACAAUAGCAGAAGCUGAAAAGAUUUGUAAUGGUUCAGGAAAUCUUCCUUGUAUUUUUGACUUCAUUGCUACACAGAAUAAAAAAAUUGCUGAAACUUCUUUAAAGUCUUCAGAUCAAUUUGAAAAAGUUUCAGUAAGCACAGCAAACCAAGCCCCAAAUAUUAUUGUCAACACAACACAAGUUAGGGCCACCGUGAAUCAAUCUUUCAGCCUAACUCUAACAGCUUUUGAUCCUGAUGGUCAAGAUGUUACUGUUGUUUUAAUGACCAAUGCUAAUUAUACUUUUAAAACUAUUAAUAAGAGAGACACAUCAAAAGCUAUUGCAUCAACUUAUUCAAUUGUAUUACCUAACACUGAAACUCAGAUCUUAUUCUCAUCAUCUGAUAGUAAAGGACUGCAUUCAGAAUCAAUAGCAAUCAAUAUUUCUGCAUGUAGUGGAUGUAGUUAUUGUGGAACAUGUGAUGAAGCUAGGCUUAGAGCAACAUUAAAUCCAUAUUUUUACUGGGAAGCAUGCAACUGUAACAUUGGAUUUGCAGGUACUGACUGUGAACAAGACAAUGAUGGCUGUGCUACCAAUCCUUGCCCCAGCAUGACAGGUUGUGUAGACAUACCAGCUUCAGAAGAACAAGUCACUGGGUUAUCAUACACAUGUAAAGAUUGUCCUCUUGGUUAUCAACUGAAUUCUAAAAAAACCAAGUGUGAAGAUGUUGAUGAAUGUAAGAACACCCCACCUUGUGGUGCAAAUGCUAUAUGUGAGAAUAAUUUCGGUAGUUUUGUUUGUAACUGCCCAAAAGGCUUCCGAAAAUCUGGAUCACUCAAUUGUGUUGACAUCAACGAAUGCUCAGAGAAAUCACAUGACUGUGAUCAAAUAUGUGUUAACAACUUAGGAAGUUAUGAUUGCAGAUGUUACCCAGGGUUUGCUAGGACUGGUGGCAAAUGUGAACUGACAGAAAAGGACCCAUGUAAAUUAAUCAACAAGUCAUGUGAAUACAAUUGUCGAAAUGGCAGUAAUGGAGCAGAAUGUUUUUGUGCAUCAGGGUACAAAUUAAAAACAAACAACUAUUCUUGUGAAGAUAUAGAUGAAUGCAAAGAGAAAAUCUGUUCACAAGAUUGUAUCAACACAAACGGAAGUUUCAGCUGUUCAUGUUACUCUGGAUAUACUCUCAACAAGAAUGAUUUGCGCUCUUGUGACACUUGUCAAGGCAACACCUAUGGUUACAACUGUAGUAAUACAUGCCAGUGUAAAGGACGGGCUGUAAGAUGUGACAAUGUUAAAGGCUGUAUUUGUCAAAGCAAUUGGAAAGGAGAAUCAUGUGAAAUAGAUGUGGAUGAAUGUGCUAUAAAACCUGAUGUCUGUCCUAUGGAUCACAAAUGUACAAAUACAGAAGGCUCUUAUACUUGUGACUGUCCUGUGGGUUACGAAGAUAUAAAUGGAACAUGUAUUAAUAUUAACGAGUGUGAAACGAGAAACAUUUGUCCUCAAACAUGCAUUGAUACACCAGGGUCAUUUAUUUGUGAGUGUAGAGGUGGAUUUUUAAAGCUUCCUAAUGGCACAUGUAAAGAUAUUGAUGAAUGUGAGAUUGACAAAUCGGGCUGUGAACAGAAAUGUAUCAAUGUCCCUGGAAGUAGCAACUGUGACUGUUAUCCAGGUUACAGGUUAAAAGAUGACAGAAAGACUUGUGAAAAAGAUGAUGUUGAUCCAUGUGAAAACUUUUACCUGAACUGCAGUCAAGGAUGUACUGUAGCUAAUGACAAAGCACAGUGUUUUUGUGCUAUAGGUUAUAUGCUGAGUAAUAACCAGUUUGACUGUCUUGAUAUUGAUGAAUGUGCAACACAGAAACUAUGCAAUGGUAGCUGUAUUAACACUCCAGGGUCAUACAAUUGUUCUUGUCCAGUUGGAUCUAAACUACAGAAUGAUAAGAAAACCUGUCAAGAAUGUGAUGCCUAUCACUGGGGAGAGAACUGCGCCACAGAAUGUAACUGCAGCACAAGAGGUACAUCAAGAUGUGACCCCACACAAGGAUGUCAGUGUAAAGCUGGCUGGGCAGGAACUUGGUGCCAGGAUGAUAUUAAUGAAUGCUCAAGUCUUCUACCACCAUGUCCUGUAACAUCAAGUUGUGUCAACACAUUUGGCUCUUUUUAUUGCCAGUGUAAACAGGGAUAUGCAUUUGUUAACAAUACAUGUACAGAUAUAAAUGAAUGUUUGAGUUCACCAUGUGACCAGAUCUGCACCAACACACAAGGCAGCUUCCAGUGCUCUUGUUAUUCUCAAGGUUUUAUUUUUAAUGGAACACAAUGCAAUGAAAUAAAUGAAUGUGCUGUAAAAGAAUUAAAUAACUGUGACCAGGAAUGUAGAAAUACAAUUGGUGGAUUUGCCUGUGAAUGUUACGAAGGAUAUGAAUUAAAUGAAACAACUAGAAAUACUUGUAUUAUUAGCAGCCUAAAUCAGAAGUGUCCUGCAUCAAACAGCUGUGAACAAUUGUGUGUACUAGUAAAUAAUACCCAGCUUUGUUCAUGCUUUUCUGGAUACAGCAUGAUUAAUAAUUCCUGUGUUGAUAUAAAUGAGUGUGAAAAUAACCCUUGUGUUGGUGGUGAAUGUAUCAACAGUAAUGGAUCAUUUUCAUGUUCCUGCCAAAACGAGACAGAACUUUUAGAAGACAAAAAAACUUGCAGAGCUUGUCAAUAUGGCUCCUAUGGCCCCAACUGUGGUGAAAAUUGUACCUGCAACACUACCAACACCAAACCACAAAUCUGUUUUAUUAAAAAUGGAAAUUGUGAUUGUUUAAAAGGCUGGUCUGGUCCCAACUGCAGUACUGAUAUUGAUGAAUGUAGUACAAGUCAAGUAUGUCCAGCCGAUGCCGAGUGUGUCAACACACCUGGUUCUUUUAGAUGUGUCUGCGAAAUUGGCUUCUUUAGUUCCACUACUGGCUGUUUGUCAUGUGAUGAGAACCACUAUGGCCAGGACUGUAAGAAGACUUGUACAUGUGUAAAAGACAACAGCAAUAACUGCAAUGCUGUCAAUGGAACUUGCACAUGUAAACCAGGGUGGACUGGCUCUGACUGUGAAACAGAUAUAGACGAGUGUUUGAACACCAGCUACUGCCCAGAUAUACAUGAGAGUUGUUUUAAUUUGAAUGGAUCUGCAGAGUGUAGAUGUCAUAAAGGUUAUCAAAGAACUGGAGGAUCUGACUGCCAAGAUAUAGAUGAAUGUCUAGAUCCAACCUACUCUUGUGAUGAGACAAAACAAUGUAAAAACACACAAGGCUCAUAUGAUUGUGUAUGUAAACAAGGUUAUCUAUUUGUCAACAGUACAAAGCCCUGUAAAGUGAAUUUUCGCAGUUUCCCAAUGCAGCUGAGAUUGAAUAUUGUACCGGAUGCAAAUGUGUUUAUUUACAACACAAAACAGUUUAUCUCUCUUAAAUUAAAUAUUGAAGAUAGUUUAAACAAGUUAGGUGGAGAUGAAGUGGGAAAAGAAAUUUUUCCAUUUGUAAUUUCAAAGUUCACGGAUGGAUCUAUCAUAGCUCAUACAGCCAUUGUGGUAGACCUAACUUAUACCAGCACUCCUGCAUAUUCUGCAACCAUGUACGCCAUCAGUUUAAAAAAUAAUCAAAAUAUAACUGUUGGUUCUGACAUCAUAAAAAUCUUGAAUGUUUUAGUCCAAAACCAAUCAAUUUCAGACAAUACUUGUGACCUGUACACUCAGUUAUCUCAAUCAUGUUCAUCCACUGAAAGUUGUUAUGAAAAUACUCAGAAUCUUACAGAGUGUGAGACAAUUAUAAAAGAUACAGACAGGUUGGCCUUAAUUCUAGGACUUUCAAUUGGAAUUGGUGUGUUUAUCAUAAUUGUUGUGGUUAUUGCUGUUUAUGUUGUUGUUCAUCAAAAGGAGUUAACUAAAUACCAUCUAUAUUCAAAGCCUAUUAAUGAAAAUAAACAGCGUACAAGGGAAGACUCAAGUUAUCAGUCCAUGGAACUACCACCUGUGAUGGCAAGUGAUCCAGCUGCUAAAUGUUUAAAAUUUAAUCAAGUCCUUUCUCCUUUUAGUGAAGCUAUAUACAAUGAAAACUUGAUGUACUGACAUAUCAGCAAACCAUUUCUUACUCUUACACUUUUAAAAAUCUUAAAAUAUUACCACAACA